AUUCGCGUUUAGCAACGUACGUUUCGUCGGGAAGAUUUCACUGUCUUUUCUGCUUGCAGCAUCAUAAAUCCUAUGGCCAUGAUCAGGACUGACGAAGAAGUGCAAGCGUUCUUGGAGCGCGCCAAGCUGGAUCGCAGCGACCUGCAGCCCAUAGCUCAGCCGCUUUGGUUUGCGGAAGAAAACCAGAGCUCACUACGGCUGCUAGAGGUCGAUAAGGAAUUGCUGAAGACGAUACGCGAAGGCGAGAGGCUAGUUUUUCGUGGCGAAGAGGACUGCCAUGCUGUCGUGUGCACCGGCGACCGUACCUUUGAAGUCCGCGAGGCUGACAUAUCCAACUCUCUCCUGCUCGUGCCAACGCUCCGGCUCUCGUCUGAGGCGGUGGGACACGCGCCAGAUUCAACACCUGAAGCUCGUCCCAGUCAGGUUCUGCACACAUUCCACAGCUACCUGGAGCUUCGCCAGUGCUUCCCCCGACUGAAAAAGCUGCUGGAACUUCUUCGCCAGACUCCAUACAGAGGAGCCGAACUCGAGCACCAUGUUGAUGAUGACAAAGUCACGCCCAAGUAUACCCUCGGGAACAUCUUGGAAAUAGUGCAAGCAAGCGAAGCCGAGAUCAGGCAGGCCAUUGAGGAGCUGCCUGUGGUUGAAAUCGAUGGUUUUUACAGGCUUCUGGAUGGUGAAUAUUACUACCGAGUACAGAAUUUCAUUGUCAACUACAUAGAGUCAGAGUCCAUGCGACUGGACAAGAUACCUGCCGGUGACGUUGUCGACAAGAUCUCAGAGUUGGAGCCACGAGAGAUUGUCGCAGAGGUGUUUCGAAGAUGCACUACUCCCAAUAGUGAUGACGAGUUCUACACACUAAACGGCGACGUCAUGUGCAAGGCAACCGCCGAUGUGCUCCUUCGAAGUGUUGAAAAGUUCAACCUGAGCGAAUUCCUUGAGGUGUGGCAAAACAGUGUUCCAGAAGGCGUACAGACAGAUCUUAAGCAGUUGGAGGGUCUAGCCCUAACAGACCGAACAUCCACACCUCACUGCAUCUAUCUCUUUGACAAGUGGGAUCUGCCAGAUGAUGCAAAUGAACGCUCAUCAUGA